GCCGAAAUCCCGUCCGAUUCGGCAACGCCGCCCACGCAAUCGGACGAUCAGCGUCGCGAACGCAGGCCACCGCGACUCAGUACGUUUACGUUCGCGACCGCGGACCAAUCAGCAACGCGCUUACGCGACGCGAUCUUCAUUUGUUUACGCGCGGGUGUCGGAUGUGGCGGUCGGGGUGGUGAUCAGUGAAAAUGACAAGCACGCUGCCCAAGAUUAGGGUCAAGAACAAGGGAAACCGGUUGAUCAUAAAGGCGGAUACGUUGCCAAAGUCCAACAAGGCGGCGACAUUAACUCUGACUAAACAAAAGACUUUGGUCAACAAUAACAAUAAUUACAACAAUAACAACACUAUAUUGAAGUAUAGCAAUGCAGCCGGAGACAGCGAUGCGACAGUGGAACUCCGCGAAGAAAAGUACGAGAUUCACAUCGAACGCUCUCAAACGGGCCUGGGACUGUCAAUCGCAGGCGGCCGAGGGUCAACGCCCUUCAAGGGCGACGACGAAGGUAUCUUCAUAUCGAGGGUAACAGAGAGCGGUCCAGCGGACCUCGCAGGGCUCAAGGUCGGCGAUAAGGUACUCACUGUCAAUGGUGUCAGCGUGGUGGGGGUUAGUCACUAUGACGCUGUAGAGGUGCUGAAAGCAUCGGGGGCGGUGCUUAUACUCGAGGUCACUAGAGAGGUAACCCGACUAGUCCGUCCCCUGAACACUCUCUCCGGUAAGACCACGCCUACGAGCAUCCGAAGCGCAGCCCCGCCCCCUCUAACGCAAGUCCUGCCUCCUGCAUCUCAAGCAACGCCCCCUACAGUCGAAGACACGCCCACCGUCCAGAAAGUGCUCGUCCACACGACCCUAAUUCGCGACUCGCGAGGGUUGGGAUUCAGCAUAGCCGGCGGCAAAGGGUCGCAGCCUUUCAAGGCCGACUCUGACGCCAUCUACGUCUCUCGUAUCACGGACGGGGGCGUGGCUGAUAAGGAUGGGAAGCUUGCGAUUGGAGAUAGGGUGGUGUCGAUCAACGGGGUGGAUCUGACUGGGGCCACGCAUAAUCAGGCUGUCGGUAUGUUAACAGGACUGGAACGGUUCGUAAGACUGACAGUAGAAAGGGAACUGCCCUUGGAUGCAAACAGCAACAGUCCCAGCCCGAGUCCUGGACCGCAACAGUCCCCUAGACUGUUUGGCCUCCCUAAGCCCUACUCUGGCCUCUACGCAGCCAAUAGUUACAUGGCCAACAGGCCAAGUUACGUCACUGGCUUCAGGAAAUCGUCUGAUAGCGACAAGAAGGUGAGUCAUCUGACCAGUAGUGCAUAUUUAUAG